AUGGCCGGGGGGCGCCUCCCGGGGCUGCUCUUCCUCUUGCACGCCGCCGCUCGCCUGGCUGCCGAGCAAGAAGUUGAAAAUCUCUCCGGGCUCUCCCCGAACCCCGAAAAGGACAUUUUCGUGGUGCGGGAAAACCGGACGACGUGUCUCAUGGCGGAAUUCGCCGCCAAGUUCAUCGUCCCCUACGACGUGUGGGCCAGCAACUACGUGGAUCUGAUCACGGAACAAGCCGAUAUCCCGCUGUCGCGGGGCGCCGAGAUGAAGGGCAAGUGCGGCACCAACGAGUCGGAGCUGGAGAUCUCCUGGCUGGAGCAAGCGUACUCCCUCAAACUCUUCUUCCUGAAGGAGGGGCACAACACCUCCCGGGGGCCGGAGGCUUUCUGGAGGCUCAGCCGGAUCCAGUUCACCUACGACACCGCCGAGCGCACCUACUUCAAGGACGCCGUCAGCCCCGGGAAGCACACGGCCAGCUCGCACCGGCUCUCUGCCCUGGUCACCCCGGCUGGGAAGUCCUACGAGUGCCAGGCGCAGCAGACCAUCUCCCUCAUCUCCAGCGACCACCAGAAGUCUGUGCAGCUCUUGCUGUCGGAAGUGCGCGUCCAGCCCUUCGACAUCACCGCGGAUUUUGUCUUCAGUGAAGAACACAAGUGCCCGGUGGACCAGAGGGAGCAGUUAGAAGAAACCCUGCCUCUGAUUUUGGGCCUGAUACUGGGCUUGGUUAUCGUGAUAACCCUCUGCGUUUACCAUAUCCACCACAAGCUGACAGCCAACCAAGUGCAAAUUCCUCGGGACAGAUCUCAGUACAAACACAUGGGAUAG